CACACACACUUUCUCACAUACGCUGCAUGUACAUCGAAUCAGCAGCCACUCUGUGAGCGGACCUGCUCGUGACGGACUCAUAGUGCCAAGAUGCCUUCCUAUGGCUUGCUGCUGGCUCUGACUCUGGCAGCACUGGCAGGAAACACUGCCAGUGCUGUUGCACAUGAGGGAACUGAGAGGAACUGCUCUGUGAUCCCACCGUACCUGCCCAGCACAGCAGUAAAUACAACCCUUCAGCUGCAGGAGCUUCGACAGCGAAUGCGGGCCAUGAACAUCCAUGGCUACAUUAUUCCUGGCACCGAUGCCCACCUGAGUGAGUACAUCGCACCACGUGAUGCCAGAGUGGCCUUCAUGACUGGUUUUACAGGCUCCGCAGGCACUGCCGUGGUUACUCAGACCAAGGCCGCUCUGUGGACAGACAGCCGCUACUGGGUUCAAGCUGAGAGACAGAUGGACUGCAACUGGGAGCUGGAAAAAGAUGUGUCCAUCAGCAGCCUGGCUGAGUGGCUCAUCUCCGAGGUUCCACCGGGUGGCGAGAUCGGCUUUGAUCCCUUCCUCUUCUCGCUCAAAACGCAGGAGGAGUACGCCAUCAAUCUGGAGUCGAGCAAUCGCACCCUCAAGUCCAUCCCUGAAAACCUGGUAGACCAAGUGUGGAAGGACAGACCGGCCAUCCCACCUGACAACCUCUCGCGGCUGCCGGACAGAGUCAUACAAAGGUCCUGGCAGACAAAAGUGGGGCACAUACGGAAUCAGAUGAGGGACAAUCCAUAUGAGCCCACAGCUCUUCUGCUCUCAGCACUCGAUGAAACGGCCUGGCUUUUCAAUAUGCGAGGCAACGACAUUCCCUACAAUCCCUUCUUCUACUCCUACACACUUCUCACAAUGGAUGAGAUCUGGGUCUUUCUCCACAUGGACCGAGUGACUGAGGAGCUGAAGGUGUACCUGAACGCCUCCUGUAACGGGCCACUGUGUGUCCAGCUGAAAGCCUAUGACACUGUCCUCACUGACCUGAAGACGUAUGUGGCCCAGCCCGGAGUUAAAGUGUGGAUCGGUACAGAGUACACAAACUACGCACUUUAUGAGAUCAUUACACCUCAGGACAAACUGAUGACAAGCUCCUACUCUCCUGUGCUGACAACUAAAGCAGUGAAAGAUGAGACCGAGCAGCGAAUACUGAGAGAUGCUCACGUGAGGGAUGCAGUCGCCGUCAUCCAGCUGCUGAUGUGGCUGGAAAGGGCUGUUCCAAAGGGGACUGAGAGUGAGCUGUCUGCUUCAGAAUAUGUUAACAAGUGUCGCAGCAAACAGGCAGACAGCAGAGGGCCGAGCUUUGAAACUAUCUCUGCAAGUGGACCCAAUGCUGCUCUUGCCCAUUACAGAGCGCCCUCUUCCUCCACAGCAUUUCUCUUUGUGUGGGUUUGUUUGCCAACAGGUGUGAACAUGGAGAUGCUGGGUCGCCGGGCAUUGUGGGAGGUGGGCCUCAACUACGGUCACGGCACAGGACACGGAGUUGGAAACUACUUUGGCGUUCAUGAAUGGCCGGUUGGCUUUCAGAGCAACAACAUUGCCUUCAGAGCCGGAAUGUUCACGUCUAUCGAGCCUGGAUAUUAUAAGGACAAUGACUUUGGGAUCCGGAUUGAAGAUAUUGUUGUAGUCGUACCGGUGAACACAAAGUAUGGACACAACUACCUGACCUUUGACACGGUGUCACUGGUUCCAUAUGACAGAAAGCUGAUUAACACGACCCUCCUCAGCUCAGAACAGCUUCAGUGGUUGAAUAAUUACUACUCGACAAUCAGGAAGGUGCUGGGUCCUGAGCUGGACAAGCAGAAGCUAAAAGAGGAAAAAGACUGGAUGCUCAAACACACGGAGCCUUUCUCCUCCGCCUCCGUCUGUUCCUCCUCGCUGAGCCUCGUCGCUCUGGCCAUCGCUCUGCUCCACAACCUUGCCUGAGCAUCUCCAGCACUCACAGCAGACUUGCACACCGAUGUUACCCCUAUGCAGUCUCUAUCGAGCAGCUAUCCCAGGUUGACAGAUGCACUGCAAUUUAGCGUUUUUUUAAUUCAAAGAUAUAUUUAAUAAUUUAAUUAUGUGAAUAAAAGUAUGAUGUUGUGGUGUUCAGAGUUUACAAUGAUUGAUUUUUCUGUGAUUUGUUAUUGUUUUUUUGCUUUUCAGUUUUUAAAUUGGACAUGUAUAUGACCAGCUGAUAUAAUUUCUAUUUUAUUAAAGUAACACUCUUUCAAACUAA